AUGAAAGCUGCUGCUGUUUUGUUUCCUUCUUUUUAUUUUGCUUCUUCUGUUUGUCUUCUGGACAUUAAAAUAACUUUAAAUGAAUUAAUAGAAAUGGCAGCAACGAGGUGGCUUGCUGCUGCUGCUGCUGCUGAUCCCAGCACGCAGCAGCAGCAGCAGCAGCAGCAACAGCAGCAACAGCAGCAGCAACACCACUUGCUGCAGCUGCAGCUACUCUUCGAAGUCCUUUACGCCUUCGAAGAAGCAGUGCCUUCCGCGCAGCAGCAGCAGCAAACCCUUGCUGCUGUUCUUCCAGCAGCAGCAGCAGCAGCAGGAACAACACCAGCAGCAACAGCAGCAGCAGCAGAAGAAGAAGAACAAAGUGACGCUGCAGCGAAAGAAGAGAACAACGAAGAGGCAGAUGUUCCGCGCGUGUCUCUGCGGAAGUUUCUGAGUUACAUUUUGCUGUCUUCGGAGCCGAGCCAAACCCUAAAGGGAAUUCUGACAUUUUUAGCUGCUGAAGACCCCUGCAGCAGCAGCAGCAGCAGCAGCAGCAGCGGGGAGCCUGAGUGUCUGGUUGCUGCAGCAGCAGACGUGUACGCGGUUUGCUGCGGCCUCGGCUUCAGGGGGCCCCAGUGGGGAGACUCCCCGCUGCUGCUGCUGCCAUUUGAGGAGUUUGUUGCUGCAGCAGCAGAAGAGCAGCUCUCACGCCUCCCGCUGCAGCAGCUGCAGCAGCAGCGGAAUCAGCCAAGGCACAGCAACAGCUGCAGCAGCAACAGACACGCGAAAAGCAGCAAACUCGAGAAUUACAGGCAGAAAAAUAGCAGGAGCAGCAGCAGCAGCAGCGUGAGCCUCAAAGGCGGCAACACGAGCAGAUAG